AUGCCUGCGACCACCGCAGAGACUCUCAGUCUGGUCAAUCGAACAGUGUCUGUUGCCCCGUUAGUGUUACUCAGCGCCGCCGACCAUUAUGGACGAUCAGCGAAAGGCACGAGGAAGCGAGUAGUGGGUGUGGUGUUGGGGCAGAAUGAUGGGAUCAAUGUGCGGGUGUCGAACAGCUUCGCAGUACCGUUCGAGGAGGACGAGAAGGACCCAUCAGUAUGGUUUCUAGACCACAACUACGUCGAGAGCAUGAACGACAUGUUCAAAAAGGUCAACGCACGGGAAAAGCUGAUAGGGUGGUAUCACUCUGGACCAAAGCUAAGAGCGAGUGAUCUGGAGAUCAACGAGUUGUUCAAGCGUUAUACCCCAAAUCCUCUGCUCGUCAUUAUCGAUGUGCAGCCGAAGGAUGUGGGCGUACCAACGGAUGCGUACUUUGCGGUGGAGGAGAUCAAGGAUGACGGCACAACCACAUCGAAGACCUUCGUACACACGCCCAGCACUAUCGAAGCAGAAGAAGCAGAAGAGAUCGGAGUUGAGCACCUGCUACGAGACAUUCGCGAUGUUGCAGUCGGCACUCUUUCCACCCGCAUAACCUCCCAACUACAAUCACUGCAAGGUCUACAUCUCCGAUUACAGGAUAUCGGGCGGUACCUUCAAAAGGUGCUCGACGGCGACCUCCCUGUCAAUCACGCAAUCCUCGGCAACCUCCAAGACGUCUUCAACCUCCUACCCAACCUUAGCACACCCAAAGCCUCUAGCAAAGACCUUCCAACCAUAAACGGCCAAGUCAAUGGCAGCGUAGGCGUAAGCGGCGGCUCAUCAGAGAAUACGCAGCUCGCCAAAGCGAUGUCAACCAAGACAAACGAUCAACUCAUGUCCAUCUACCUUUCGAGCUUAAUAAGAGCAAUCACCGCUUUUCACGACCUCAUCGAGAACAAGAUUCAGAAUAAGCGGACACAAGAGGAUGAGGAUGCGAAGAAAGAUGAGGCGGAGAAAAGCGAGGAGCUCAAGAAGGAGGAGAAGCUUAUGUGGAAUGGGACAUCGGAGAAGAAUGAUAAGGAGGCCAAGGAGGGCAAGGAGGCGGAGCCGAAGAAGGAUGACAAGGGUGGGAAGAAGAAGAGCUGA